AUCCAUGGCCGGGGCCGCCCAAAAAUGGCGCGUGCUUCGUUGUAUAACUGGUGGCUUGCGACCCGCGAGCCAACCGAUCGAGCACCCAACUACCGAGCCGAUUCCAUUCCAGACCCUGCGAGCGCUUGCCAGUCACCAGCUGCCAUGGCCGCCGCUGGCGCCGACCUCGAGAAGGCCGCGGCCGCCCCGGCCCCGGUUGCCACCGACGGCGGGGGCGCGGCUGGCGCCGGCGGCGUGAUGGGCGCCGUGGUGCGGCGGUGGCGGACGCAGGACCUCCUGGACCGGUCCGGCUCCGCACUGCGCGCCGCGGCCUGGGCGCUCUCCCUGCUGGCGUUCCUCGUCAUGGCCUUCAACGAGCACGGCGACUGGAAGCAGUUCGACCGCUACGAGGAGUACAGGUACAUCGUGGCGAUCGGGCUGCUGACCUUCAUCUACACGACUCUGCAGCUAGUCCGGCACGGCGUCCGCCUCACCGGCGGCCAGGACCUGCAGGCCAAGACCGGGCUCUUCGUCGACUUCGCCGGCGACCAGGUGACCGCAUACCUGAUGAUGUCGGCGCUAUCCGCCGCGAUCCCGAUCACGAAUCGCAUGCGCGAGGGUGCUGACAACAUGUUCACCGACUCGUCGGCGGUGUCUAUCAGCAUGGCCUUCUUCGCAUUCGUCUGCCUCGCGCUCUCCGCUCUCAUCUCCGGCUUCAAGCUGGCCAAGCAGACCUACAUCUGAGGACUACAGGGGGAAGACACAUACAGAUAUGGGUUUGGUCAAUUCUUCCGUCGUGUGUACAGUCUGAGCUGCGUCAUUUACCAUUGGUUGUAUAGCCCAUUAUUUCUACCUGAUGGUGUAGUAUAUAGGGUUGGUUGCAUCAUGGUAGCUGCUCCCAAUUGGGAAUGAGAUGGACAGAUGAGAAGUGAACUUAGUGUGGCUGCUUCUGUGUGAUUAGGUGCUUACAUGGUGAGAACCAUGGAAUGCAGCAAUGUGUUCGCAAGAAAUGGAUGAAACCAUGUUCAUCUUACACGAUCCAAAAA